CCCCCGACUCCCCCGUGCAGCUGAGCAGCGUCGAGAUCAACAUCCUCAUCUACCUCUACCUCCAGGAGAGCAACUUUCCCCACACCGCCUUCACCCUCCUCGCAGAGUCCAACCUCCCCGCCACCCCCCUCUUCCAGCACUUCAACCCCGCCUACCCCGCCCCCGCCAAGCCCGCUCGACCCGCCCACAGCGCACCCGCGUUCGGCGCCGCCGCAGGCCGCAUACAGCGCGGCGAGCUCGUCCGCAAGCUGUGGAAGGCCGUCCGCUGGGAGCACGUCGAGCGGCACGUCGGCGAGAACGGUGAACCGCUCUCGCCCGAGUGUCCCAACCCGUUCCACCUCCUCAUCCCGCACGUGUGCCCCCCGUCCUGCCCCUCCGCCAGCGCCAACCCGCCCCUCCCGCUCCCCUCCGUCCUCCAGGCCGCCAGCGCCCAGGCCGCGAAUGCAGUCGCCCCGCCGCCCAAGCGGCCAGAGCCGUUCCCCCCGCCAGAGGAGAGGGUGAAGGACAAGUCGAGGGGAAAGAGAAAGACCAGACGGCCGAGUUCGUCCCCCGCGCCCGCCCAGCCAGAAGCUCGAAAGGAAAACGAAAAGACACGUAAACGAGCCCGGGUGAGCGAUGCAGAGGACGACAAGGCGUCUAAAAAACUGGAGCCGGAGCGCGAGCCGGAGCGUGAGGCACUGCAAGUGCCAAGCACCCAACCGUCCCGCGCAACAUCACCCGACAAGUCCCGUCGACCUAGUCCCCGCUCCAAAGUCAACACCAGUGCCAGCACCAGUGCCAAGACCGAUGAAAUCGGGGUAUGGACAGAACACCGAGACGUCGUUUCCAACGUCGCCUGGAAUCCCAAAAACGUAGACCUCUUGGCCACAGGCUCGGCAGACGGCUUCGUCAGGCUUUGGGACUUUUUGCCCCUCUCCGCCUCCUCCUCCGCCACCGCCCCGCUCACCCUCCCCUCCCGCCCCACCGGCAUCUCCCACAAGGGCAUCGAGUCCUCCAAAAAGACCAUCACCUCUGUCGCCUGGCACCCCGACGGCACCAUCCUCGCCACCGGCUCCCAAGACGGCGUCGGCCGUCUCUUCACCCCGUCCGGCCAGCUGCAGGCCAUCAUGAGUUAUGGAAGAGGCGCCGUCAAUGCGAUGAAGUGGAGUCCCUCCGGCACCCAGAUCCUGGUAGGCAAAGAUGAUUUCACGGUGUGCAAGUGGAUGGACAGGGGCGGGAGUAUGGCCAUGAAGAUGUGUUACGAUGCGCAUACCAAGGAAGUAAACGACGUCGAUUGGCUAGACGACGAAGUCUUUGCGUCCGCCGGCAACGACCAUACCAUCCACGUCCAUCACGGGGACGAUAAACGGCCCCGGUUUACUUUUCGCGGACAUACGGAUGAUGUCACACGGAUCAAAUGGUCGCCCCUUGGCGCGGCAGAGCGGCUGCUGGCCAGUGUUUCGGACGAUGGGAAUUGUAUGAUUUGGAAACUACCUUUUUACCCUUCUGCAAGAGGUAAGAGCGCGAGUGUGGGUCUGGGCGGGACAAGAUCGCUCUCGCCAAUGAAAAAGAUGGAACCUCCAAGCGAUGAAGACGAUUACUUUCACCAACAACCUCAACCUCAAUCCCACCCCAACCCCAACCCCAACUCGGCAGACUCGGGCCCAAAUGCCCGAUCCAACUCCACCUCGGCGAUAUCCAUUGAAAACUGUCUGCACAGACUCAACGUCGUAAGCGGGAGCGAGAAUAAACGGAUGAGCAUGCUCGAGUGGAUGCCGGUUGACGAUGGAGCGCGGGCGCGGAUGAUACUCGCUGCCGGCGGCCAAGACUCCACGAUCAAACUGUUCGACGCCCUAUCCGGCGAAACACUCCACGUCCUCCCCGGUCUGGAAUCCGGUACAGGCUCUUUGGCAUUCUCCCCCUUUUCCUUGAACAGCUUGGUUGGUUCUCUUUUCCCCACCACCACCACCACCACCACCGCCGCCGAAAACGGAACAGCCGCGGCCACGGCAGAACGCCUAGGGGUCGGCAAAUACGGUCUCCUAGCCGGCGGAGGAUGGGAUGGCGUACUCCGCAUAUGGGAUGUGGAGACCGGCCGCGUCUUAUGGGGCACAGAGGUGGAAGAGGAGGAAGGGAAGCGGAUGGUCAGGGAACGGCCCAUGAUGCUCUCGAUGGCUUGGCGAGAAGACGGGAAACACCUCGCGUGCGGGCUGUUCAACAAGACGCUGAUGGUGGUGAAUGUCAUCAAGGCUCUAGAGGCUGGAAAGGAGAAGAAUUAGAGAGUAAAGGGUAGGGCGAGAAGCGUCAAUCGCUUCUAGUCGUGGCUAGAGUUAACAAGGUUUUUUUAUCUCCCGUUUGGUCAACCUCUUUAAUCGUUUUUAAUUUUUUUACUUUUCAUCUUUUAGGAUCAUUGCGUGGAUGGUCUUUUUUACCGGGGGUUAGAGUAAACGUGAGGGAUGAAUAGGUAUAUCCGCACAAACCGCGCCCUGCAGCCAUUGUUCGUGGAAAAAGGGUUAAAGAGUCUGUUGUCAGCCAGCCCGGGAAAAAUGUGAAUGCCCGGAAAGUCGGACAAGGAGGAGAUUGUGAAUGGGAGUUGUCUUGAGACUCGUGAC